AGGGUUGUGGUUCUUUUCAGCGUUCUCCUCUUUCUUCUCGUGAAUUUUGCAACUCCUGACGAACAACUUCGUGACAGAGGUGAGCAGGAGCAAUGGCGAAGUCUAAGAAUCACACCGCUCACAAUCAAUCUUACAAGGCCCACAAGAAUGGUAUCAAGAAGCCCAAGAAGCAAAAAUACGCUUCAAGGAAGGGCAUGGACCCUAAGUUCUUGAGGAACCAAAGGUAUGCCAAGAAGCACAACAAGGUAGCUGGUGCAGAGGAGGCUUCUGAGUAAAUGAACAUGGUGUCGACAUAGCAGAAAUUUAGUCCAGCAUUCACAAUUUUCAGCUGCUUUGAUCGUCUGAUGUCCAACGUCUCACUAUCAAUGUAUCAGUGGUGGUGUCAUGGUAGUUCCCAUGGUGGGAUGUCGCACUCAAAGCAGUAUACGAUGAUGUAAUUUUUACACCACUUCCAUGUGAAGUGAACCUAUGUCCGGUGUUCUGUUAACCCAGACGAAUUCGGGAAUAUCAUUUUCGGUACGUUGACGCUUGAUUCGUAACUAAGCUCGUCCAUGAUGAUUCGGCUGUAAUGUGAGUUUAUUGGUGAUCG